AAUUAUGUCUGCUAUUUUAUUCUGAUUAAUUCUCUACCUCUUCCUCUCUAAUCGCUGGCUCUGACACUUUUUCAGAGCUCUCCCAAUUUUCAACCCCUCUUUCCAGACGAUGAAAUUUCACAAAAAUUAGGGUUUUGUGGGGAUUCUUGUGAUCCCAUUCCAAAAGGGCUUCCAUUUCACCUAAUUGUGGAACGUUGUGGAAGGGAGGAUUUGGGUGUGUGGAUAUAUAUGUAUUUUGAAUUUGAAUUUGAAUAUAUAUUGGGUGGUGUAUGAAACCAGAAUCUGAGAGUUGAGAAUGGAAGUGGGAAGGAGAAUAUCGGCAAGUCCUCGGCCGUGCUCCGUCCGGCGAGUGGUGGCGAAGAAGAGGGGUAGCUCCGAUGGGUUCGUAAACAGCGUGAAGAAGCUUCAGAGGCGUGAGAUUUCUUCGAAGCGUGAUAGAGCUUUUGGGAUGAGCAAUUCCCAGGAGAGGUUCCGCAACAUGCACCUCGUGGAGGAAUAUGAUACUCAUGACCCCAAGGGGCAUUCUUCGGCCAUAUUGCCUUUUCUGAUGAAAAGGACAAAGGUCAUUGAGAUAGUUGCCGCACGUGACAUCGUCUUUGCUCUUGCACACUCUGGUGUUUGCGCAGCUUUUAGUAGAGAGAAAAACGAGAGGAUUUGUUUCAUGAAUGUUAGUCCUGAUGAAGUCAUUCGGAGCUUGUUCUAUAAUAAGAACAACGAUUCGCUCAUCACAGUUUCGGUUUAUGCAUCAGACAACUUCAGCUCUUUGAAAUGCAGAUCCACAAGGAUUGAAUAUAUAAGGAGGGGACAGCCAGAAGCUGGCUUUGCUCUUUUCGAGUCUGAGUCUUUGAAGUGGCCUGGGUUUGUAGAGUUUGAUGAUGUUAAUGGCAAGGUGCUGACAUACUCAGCACAGGAUAGUAUAUACAAGGUGUUUGACCUUAAAAACUAUACCAUGCUGUACUCUAUAUCAGACAAACAUGUACAAGAAAUCAAAAUCAGUCCAGGCAUCAUGCUGUUGAUUUAUAACAGAGCUACUAGCCAUGUUCCUCUGAAGAUUCUAUCAAUAGAAGAUGGCACAGUUCUCAAAGACUUCAAUCAUCUACUUCAUAGAAAUAAGAAGGUGGACUUCAUAGAACAGUUCAAUGAAAAGCUUCUCGUCAAGCAAGAAAAUGAGAACCUUCAGAUUCUGGAUGUUCGAAAUGCUGAGAUGAUGGAAGUUAACAGAACAGACUUCAUAACUCCAUCAGCAUUUAUUUUUCUGUAUGAGAACCAGUUAUUCCUGACGUUCAGAAAUCGACUGGUGUCUGUGUGGAACUUUCGUGGAGAACUUGUAACUGCAUUUGAGGAUCACUUGUUAUGGCAUCCUGACUGCAAUACCAAUAACAUUUAUAUAACAAGCGAUCAGGAUCUUAUCAUAUCUUACUGCAAGGCUGAUUCUGAUGAUCAUUGGUCAGAAGCAAAUGCUGGAUCUAUUCAUAUUAGCAAUAUCUUAACCGGAAAAUGCCUGGCCAAAAUAAAUCCAAGCAAUGGUGGUCCCAAGGUCGACAACUGUGAAGGCAACGCUGGCUCCUCAAGGAAGCAAAGCAACUCAUCAGUGGUGAGCAGCACCGUCGUUGAUGCUUUGAAAGACGUAACUGCUCUCUUCUAUGAUGAAGAUCGCAACGAGAUAUAUACAGGAAAUAGGCAUGGUUUUGUUCAUGUGUGGUCAAACUGAAGUUCAGGUUAUCUUUUAGCUUUCAAGGGCUAUGAAGCUGCUGUUAGAGAAAUAGUCUAGUUUGGCAGCCUAGCUUGUUAGUGGAUAUGGGAUAUUGUCAGUGGCUUUGUAUCAUUAGAUUUCUUGAAAGUGCUCUCGCAUUGUAUCAUAAAAUGAUUUCAAAUUGCUAAUGUAGAUUUCAAUAGAACUGGAUUUUUGGUUUUGUAAAAAAUGUUUACAUGUAAGUCCUGUAUUUCUUUCAACAUGUGAGGUAUGUUACUGUCACUUCAAAAGGGAAUUGUUUGCUACA